UCAGACCUCUGUCUCGGCAAACCAGCCCUGAGGUCCUUGCCCAUUUCUGCCACCGUCGCUGACGCUUUCGCGGCCUUGAAAAAUACCGACGACAACUUCAUCAGUGUAUGGGACUGCGUCGAUCACUCGGCCAAGGUUGAGUUUGGUCACAACAACGUCGGCGUUGGCUGUGAGUGCCGUUGCGUUGGCAAGGUGUGCAUGGUGGAUGUGAUAUGCUAUCUUUGCAGGGAUGAGAAUCUGUUUUCUCCUUCUGCUGCCCUGAAGGCGCCUGUUUCUGCAAGCUCCAAAAACGUGAAUCUGUUUAACCUCCCCUGUUUCAAGCAAGCUCUGCAAAACGUGAAUCUGUUUUUCUUGUCUUUUCAGAUUGUGGGAAGCCAUCGAUCUGAUUCUGCAAGGAGCCCAGAACCUUGUGGUACCGAUACAAACCAAACUAAGCAGCUAUUCAAGAAGAAAACAGCUCCAAAAACCCUCGACCACCGGCCCUACUACCAUCCACAACGGCCGCGAAUUCUGCUGGUUGACUCAAGAGGACGUGAUCCGGUUCCUUCUCGGCUCCAUCAGGCUCUUCUCCCCGCUCCCGGCGCUCUCUGUUGACACUCUUGGCAUUAUCACCACCGACAUCU